UUCCCUGACAGACCCAAGAGGCUGCUGGCCUCUUGACCACCCACUUUCCAGCUGAGGAAACCACGGCAGAGGAGGCUCAGAGCAUGGCCUUGCAGAGUGCUCGACCCACCCUGGGGUUCUUCAGGACCCCCACCCCCGGCAGCCUCCUGCUCCUGCUUCUCAGCCUCAGGUGGGUGCUACUAUCCAGGGCCCAGACUGCAGACACAGGACAGGGUGUCAUGACCCCAUGGCUGCAACGCACCUUUCAGGACCUGUCCUGGCGGCGGUCUGAGCCAACCGUCAUCCUCCCGAGGGCUCUGCUGGGCACAGAGAGGAAGUCCUGUCCCCCGGGGAAAGAGGCCCAUGUGGUGGAUGAAAACCUCGUCUUCUACACGGAGAGGGAGCUGGAGGCCUGUGUGGACGGGGCCCUGCUGGCUGAGCACAUGGACCGGGUGAAUGCGAUCCCCUUCACCUACCAGCAACUUGACGUUUUGAAGCACAAAUUGGACCAGUUCUACCCACAGGGGUACCCUGAGUCCCUGAUCCGGCACCUGAGUUACUUCUUCCUUGAGGUCACCCCUGAGGACAUCCACAAGUGGAAUGUGACAUCCCUGGAGACCGUGAAAUCUCUGCUUAAAAUCAGCAAAGGGCGAAAGAUGGACGCUCAGGUGGCUGCUCUGAUUGCCCGCUAUCUGGUGGGAGGGGGCCAGCUGGACAAGGUCACCCUGGACAUGCUGGCCAACUUCCACCCUUCCUACCUCUGCUUCCUCAGUCCUGAGCACCUGGGCCUCGUGCAAGAAAAUGUUGUCCGGGCGGCCAGGCCUCAGGACCUGGAUGCGUGCGGCCCACUGCAGAUGGGUGUCCUCUAUCACAAGGCCCACAUCGCUUUCCGGAACACAAGCGGCUCUGCAUAUUUUGCAAGGAUCAAGCCUUUCCUGGGUGGGGCCUCCACGGAGGACUUGCGGGCUCUCAUUCCGCAGAACGUAAGCAUGGACAUGGCCACAUUCAAGAAGCUGAGGAAAGAGGCCUUGCUGCCACUGACCAUUGCUGAGGUGCAAAAACUUCUGGGUCCAAACCUGGAGGGCCUGAGGGCAGAGGAGGGGAACAGCCCCGUGCGCGACUGGAUCUUGCGGCAGCGGCAGAAGGACCUGGACAGCCUAGGGCUGGGGCUCCACGGUGGCAUCCCCAAUGGCUACCUCGUCCUAGACCUCAGCUUUCGAGAGGCCCUCUCGGGGGCCGCCCCCCUCCUGGGACCUGGAUCUGCGUUCACUGGGAUCCCGACUCUGCUCUUGGCCCUGGCGCUGAACUGAGCCCACUGCUCUGGAUGCGGAACUGGGCCUGCUGUGGACACCCACCUGGUGGGAGCAGGCCUGGGUGGUCCCUGCCCCACCCUGGGGAGAGAGCUCAAUAAAAGAGAACCUGUUCCCCUCCAA